GCUCCAGACUUACUACUUAAAAACAACAGGAUGGCCAGCAACACGCCUCGUGGUGAGGAAUCAAACAUAGAUCAACAGAUCCGCAUUGUGUUAGUUGGAAAAACAGGAUCUGGCAAAAGUGCAUCAGGGAAUACCAUCUUACAGAAAGUUUUUCCAUCCAAGCUGUCUUUCACCUCUCUGACAUCAGCAUGUCAGAAGAAAAAAGAGGAGAUUUAUGGACAAACUGUGGCUAUUGUUGAUACUCCAGGUCUGUUUGAAACAAAUGCAACUGAAGAAGAAGUGAUAAAAGAGCUCACUAAGUGCAUCAUGUUAUCAGCUCCGGGUCCUCAUGUGUUUCUGGUGGUGAUCCAGCCUCACAGAUUCACCAAGGAAGAACAAGAAACAGUGAAACUCAUUCAGAAGACGUUUGGAGAAAAGGCGGCAGAUCACACCAUGGUGCUGUUCAGCCAUGGAGACGACCUGGAGGAAGAAGGAACCUCCAUAGAGAAACUCCUCAUACAAAAUGAAGAAGUUGCAGCUUUUGUCAGGCAGUGUGGUGGAAGAUAUCACGUGUUCAACAACAGGAAGAUUGAUCCAUCUCAGGUGGAAGAGCUGCUCCAAAAGCUCCAGGAGAUGAUUGAGAAUAAUGAAGGAAGAUGUUACACAAAUGAAAUGUUUCAAGAAGCAGAGAAAGCCAUCAAAGAUACGAUGCAGAUCAUUUUGAGAGAAAACCCAAACCUGGAGAAUGAAGAAGCCAGAAGAAGAGCAGAGAGCGACAACUGGUUCAUUCAUCAAGUUCUUCAGCAGUUCAGCGGGUCGCCUGCCAUGGGAGCUCAGGGUGACAGAGGGAUGGAGCAGCUGCCGAAAAUCGCAGCUUAUCUGGUGGAGGCUUUAGUUUUAGCAGUGAGAUCAGAGGGAGCAGCAGGACGAUGCAUCAUCCUGUGAAAGUGUAGAAAUAUAAUCAGUCUGAGAAAAGGAAAUAAUAAACUGACUGAAUGAUUUGUUUUAAAGCUUUCUCACUAAAAUUAUAAUCUUUGGAUGUUUAAGUAGUAAGAAAAUGUAAUUAGACCUUAAUAAAAAAGUGUUCCCAUUAUAGCAUAAUUUUUCAUAUUAAGUGAGAUGUCAAAGAUUUGAAAAAUGGUUUAGGACAAAAUAUAACUGAUCUUUUAGAAAGUAAUUCUUUUAUGUACAGUCAAUUAUGGUUAAUGGUGAGAAGUUCAAAAUUAAUGAAAGGCGUUUGUUGUUAUUUGAGAUUAAUAGAUGACAUGCAUUUAAAAUACUGAUAUAAUAAAAUAAAACUGAAAAGCC